AUGGCCGCCUGCUGGUGCACACUGAUGGAGCUGCUCCCUUCCGUGUCAUUGAGAGCACGCACCUGUCGCACUGAGUCAGGCUCGAGCUCGCGGUGUGAGCGCAUAUGGAAGUGGCAGGUGGCGAGAACGUGCGCCCGCUCGCGCCGUUCAGCCCACUUAGCGCCACAGCAGCUCGUCAUUAAACCGGUGCGGCCCGCGGGUACACGGCGGCCUUCCGCCCGGGGAGAGUAUUUAGGAGCGGAGCCCGUGCAGGAGAGGAGACAACAGGUGCACCGGGCACGACCAGGUCAGCCUCCUCACACAGGCUCAGGGGGAAGGAAACGAGACUCAUGGGAACAGAAGAUGCGACUGAAACUCACAACUGGAGGUCCAAAUGAAUGGGGCCAAAACGACGCUCAUCACGUGUUAUACAAGCGCUUCAGGAGGCGGAUCACCCGGAGGAGCAGCAGAGAGGCCCCUGCUGUGAGUACACCUCUGGCCACCGGGCGGCACUGUGAGCUAAGCUUUGAGUUUGACGCAGUCUGUCAGAGACUGGAGCUGGACUCUCCACCGAGACACCGAGGACCGGCCCAGAGAGUCCUGCAUGGAAACCUUCAUGCGUUGGAGAGAGGCGUGUCCCACUGUGGGGCUGUCACAUCAUCGAACACGCCACACACCAUCUCUGCAAUGAGGCAUCCUACCACACAAAAUUUCUCAGAACAGGGAUGGAUGUGGACAGCUGCAGUUCAAGAGCAUGACAGUGCACAACAGACUGGUUCUGAUGCGAGAAGACAUGAUUUGCAGCCGUUUGCUGUUCUGGACAAAGCUGCUGUGAGUCUGCAGGGAAAGUCAGUGAUGAGGUUGGCAGCACCAUCACUGCAGAACGACUACUACACUAACGUCCUCGACUGCAGUUGUAAAGGUAUGAUUGCAUUAGCACUGGGCUCUUCUGUUUACCUCUGGAAUUUAGAGACCCGUGCUCUGGUGGGAUAUUUGGACCCGAGUCCACAAACAGGACGAGCACGCCGCCAUCAGUCAGUCUCGUCUCUGUGCUGGAGCAGGGAUGGCAGAGCCCUCUGCAUCGGGACCAGGCGAGGGGAGAUACAGUUGUGGGAUGUUGAAAAGAAGCAGAAUAUGAGGUGUUUACCAUCACACCUGUCUGUGGUCGGAGCCCUUUCCUGGAAACAUCAGUUACUCAGCAGCGGCUCUGUUCUCGGACGUAUCCAUCACCUUGACCCUCGGACUCCUGCACCUCUAGUGGGUGCAGCUGUCCAGAAGGAGGGGAUCUGCAGCCUUCAGUGGUCGCCAGGAGAUGACUGGCUGGCCAGCGGCUCCACGGACGGCCUCCUCCAUAUAUGGGAUGGUGACGUCGCAGGGCUCGCAAGGUCAAAACAACCAGUGACUACAAUGACACAACCCAGUGCCGUUAAGGCGAUGGGAUGGUGUCCGUGGCAGAGAAAGACGAUCGCUACAGGAGGUGGAUGGAAAGACGGAGAAGUGAGAAUCUGGGACACACAAUCGGGGACUUGCGUGACUUCUGCCAGCACAAACUCACAGAUCUGUUCCCUACGAUGGGCUGAAAAGAAGAGAUAUCUGGUCACAGGUCACGGCCUUCCUCAUCACCAAAUCAUCUGCUGGACCUCAGAGUUUCCCUCCCUCACACCAGUCUACCAGCUCACAGGUCAUUCUCGUCGAGUCCUGCACGUGGCCUUGAACCCUGACAGCACUCAGAUUUUCUCUGCUGGAGUGGACCAGUGCUUUCACAUCUGGGACCUCUGAUUAUCAGCGUCAGCAACAUAGACGGUGAAUGUUGUGGUCAGACCUGUAUUGAACGUUGUUAUUUGGUCCGACUUGUAUUGCAAGUUGGUGUCCGCUCACUUUUCUUGGUAAUGCCGCUGUAUCACUGUGUGCUCCUGCACAUUUCCUGCUCUGAGCUAACCACAUUACCAAGCCAGUUUACCACCAAAUCAACUCUUCGAUCACACUAACAUAGUUCACACACCACAAUGUAAAGGUUUCUGUGGCUCCCUUAGGGGGAAUGAUUUU